AUUAAUUAAAAUACUUCCCAAAAAGAUCAUCAAAAAACAUGGUAUGAUUAUAAUGUUAAGACAAUUUAGCCAUCAGCCUAAACCAUGAAAUUGAGAAGUCAAAACUACUAAGGCAAUAUUAAAAAAUAAGGAAAAGUGCCAAAAUCAUUGAUUGUAUUAGAUUUUCCUUAUAUCUACAUAGAAAAAAGAAGAAAACCUACCAGUAGGACCAAUCCUUCUUGGAGUCUUUUUGUUUGUUGUUGUAGGCUCAGCUUUAUUUUAAAUACUUAAUGUUGCUUCGAGUGGAUAAGAAAUAUGAUUCAUUAUAUAUAUUGGU